AUGUGUUCUUCAAACUUCUUAUUUUUCUCUCUGGGUCUUCUAAUCAUCAUACUCUCCCCGAUACAAAAUUUUGCUUCUGCUUCUUUGGAGGAAGCCAACACUCUUCUUAAAUGGAAAGCAAACCUUCAAAUCCCAAACAAUUCCUUGGUUUCUUCAUGGAUUCCCCUCCUUUUGAAUUCCAGUGCAUUCGUUCCAUGCACUUCUUGGUUUGGAGUAGUUUGCAAUGCUGAUGGGAGCAUUCGCAGGUUGAACCUCAAUUCAUGUGGCUUGAAAGGUACACUCCACCAAUUUUCAUUCUUUUUGCUACACAAUCUCACACAUUUUGAUCUCAGUAUGAACAACUUCUUUGGCCCCAUCCCACCCCAAAUCCGACUCCUGUCGAAACUUGUCUACAUUGAUUUUUCAAGGAAUAAGUUUUCUGGAGUAAUCCCACCUGAAAUAGGGAACUUUCACCAGCUAACAAGCUUAUACCUGUACUCAAACAAUAUAUCAGGUCCCAUUCCAAUUGAAAUUGGGAAUUUGAAGUCUCUCGUUGAUCUUUGGGUGAGUUCCAAUCAGCUUAGUGGUUCUAUUCCUUCUUCAUUGGGUGAUCUGACAUCUUUGAAUAUCCUUUCUUUGUAUGAAAAUCAACUCUCUGGUCCCAUUCCUAUUGAACUUGGGAAUUUCAAGUUUCUCGUUCUUCUUGCUGUGGAAUACAAUCAAAUUACUGGUUCUAUUCCAUCAUCACUAGGGAACUUGGGUAACCUGUCUCUCAUUAGGCUUGUUCUGAACAAUAAUCACCUUAGUGGUUCUAUUCCUCCAUCAUUGGGUGAAUUGACAUCUUUGGAGUACCUUUAUAUAAACCAGAAUAAACUCUCUGGUGACAUUCCUAUUGAACUUGGGAAUUUGAAGUCUCUCUUGGAUCUUGAUAUGAGCACCAAUCAGCUUAGUGGUUCUAUUCCUUCAGACAUUGUAAAUUUAACUCAACUACACAGACUUAGUUUGUCUUCAAAUAAUUUGGUUGGUGAGAUCCCAAAGGAGUUCGGGAAGAUGAAAAGUAUGUUAAAUUUGUACUUAUCUAAUAAUCAACUUUCAGGUAUAAUACCUGUAGAAUUCGGGUCUUUCCGUGAUCUCCUUCAACUCGAUCUAUCCACAAAUAGAUUAAAUGGGUCGAUACCCAAAAGUAUUGGUAAUUGGGCACACAUUCACUGGUUGAAUCUUAGUAAUAACAUGCUCAGUGAGAAAAUUCCAUCUGAAAUUGGUAAAUUAGUGCAACUUACAAAGCCUGAUUUAUCUCAGAAUUUUCUCAUGGAACAGAUACCAUCUGAAGUUCAAGGUUUACAAAACUUGCAAAUAUUAGAUUUUUCUGGCAAUAGAUUAUCUGGUUCUAUUCCUUAUGCUUUUGCAAGUUUACCUCGCGGGAUUGACAUCAACCUUUCUUACAAUGAGCUCUCCGGUCCGGUUCCCCCUUGCGCCAACUUUGUGAAUGCAUCCCUACAAGGCAAUCCAGGUUUGUGUGGAAAUGUUACCGGAAUGAAACUUUGUGAAAGUAAAUCUAUAAAGAAGAAAAAUGAUUCCUUUCAUGAUAUGGUCAUCCUAGUAAUUAUUUUCACUCUUAUCGGGGCAAUUGUACUUUGUUUAUUCACGUAUGGCCUCAUUGCAUAUCGAAAACAAAAGAAAAUGUCUUCAUUGAAAUCAUUGGACGAAAAAAGUGGUGAUUAUUUCACCAUUACAAGUUUUAAUGGAAAAUUAGCGUAUAAUGAUAUCUUGAAGGUAACAAAUGAUUUCGAUGAUGCAUAUUGUAUUGGGACCGGGGGAUAUGGUACUGUAUAUAAAGCCGAGCUACAACCUACCAAUGUAGUAGCUGUCAAGAAACUUCACGUGUCAUCUGAUAAUGUUGAUCACAACAGUUUCCUUAAUGAGGUACAUGCGUUAACAAACAUAAGGCAUCGAAACAUAGUGAAACUAUAUGGAUAUUGCUCCCAUGCCUGCCAUUCAUUUUUGAUUUACGAGUACCUUGAAAAGGGAAGCCUUGGAUCAAUCUUAAGAAGUGAUGUCUUGGCAAAAGAAUUGGAUUGGUUGAAAAGGAUCAAUAUUGUAAGGGCUAUAGCUAAUGGCUUGGCUUAUAUGCAUCACGAGUGCUCGCCUCCUAUAAUUCAUAGAGACAUUUCCAUAGCCAACAUCCUUCUGAAUUCUGAUUAUGAGGCACAUAUUUCUGACUUUGGCACAUCCAAGCUUUUAAAGUUGGACUCAUCAAAAUCAACCACAAUUGCUGGCACCUAUGGUUAUAUCGCGCCAGAGCUUGCUUAUACGAUGGUGGCAACCGAGAAAUGUGAUGUGUUUAGCUAUGGCAUUGUUGCAAUAGAAGUGAUCAUGGGAAAGCAUCCUGGUGAACUACCAACAUUUUCUGUCGAUGAUGUGUUGCUAGAAAAUGUGGUAGAUAAUCGGAUUCCACUACCCUCACCACAAGUUGAGAAACAGUUGAAGUCGGUACUGAAUCUUUUAAGAGCUUGUUUGAACUCCAAUCCACAUGAAAGACCAACAAUGCACCAAGUUUCAAAAUUGUUGAUGAAGGCUUCCUAA